AUGCUCUCACGUGUUGCUGCAGUGAAGGCACCCCGCACACACAACCGUUGCCGCGUGACCGGAUCCAGCGGGAGGAGGAGGGAAGGAAGAGAGAGUGAGCCGCAGAGGCCCCACAUGUCCCGGCAUCUCUUCUACUCUGCGGUGCUGCUCGUCCUCGUUGUGAUGAUGUUCUGCUGCGGCAGUGGCGCUGCAUCCAAUGAGAAGACGCUGACAGAUUCGGAACUUCCAAAGAGGAAAUUGUUUGUUUGGAGAGACACGACAGAUGAGGUAACGGUGGAUUCGCUCCGUGUUCCCAGUCUUUUGAAAGUGAAUGGUGAUGUGUUUGCCGUUGCCGAGGCGCUGUUCACGAGGGGGGUAGAAGGCAGUUUUGCUGGGAUUGCCUCGGAGCUCCUGACGUUGACCGAUAAACAAACAAGCAAGGAGCUGGAUAAAACUAAACUCAAGACACAAGUACUGGGGAAAUGUUCUUCUGGAAAAGAGGAAUGCCCCACCCAAGCAGUGGAUCAGGCUGGCACCAAAAGCGGAGCGCAAGCACUUGUGAGUAAACCAACAACAGUUGUGCAUGGAAGUGAUAUUUACAUGCUGGCUGGAACCUACAACCUUGAUGGUGUCGCUGCUGCUGGGGAGGAUAUAACAUAUGAAUGGGGGCUUUUGUUGGCGAGAGGGAACGUCAGUGUUGUUGAUGGCCGUAACAAAAGAAUUUAUUGGACUGAUGUUGACGCUCUCCCGAUCACUUCUAAUACUGAACAAUAUGGAUAUGUGACAGAACUGCUUGGGAGCGGUGGAUCGGGUGUUAAGAUGGAGGACGGUACGCUUGUGUUCCCUAUGGAAGGCGAGGUGUAUAGAACGGUGGAGGCGGAUGAAGAAAAUACAGCUGGGGGGGGAUACACUGUCUCACUGUUCAUAUACUUCCCGGAUAAUAAGAGUUGGAAGCUGUCGAAGGGGAUGUCUGCCGAUGGCUGCGGUGUUCCCUCCGUCGUGAAGUGGGAGAAGGACAAACUCAUGAUGAUGACUGCGUGUGAUGGUGGCCGCAGGGUGUACGAGUCCGGUGACAAGGGGGAUUCGUGGACGGAGGCGCUCGGGACACUCUCGCGCGUGUGGGGCAACGACGAGGGAAAUGUGUGGAGCGUUAGGAGCGGGUUCACCACAGCAAAGAUUGGCGAUAACAGGGAUGUGAUGCUCGUCAUUCUGCCGGUGUAUUCGAGUAAGGACGGCAAUGGAAAGGGUGAACUCCAUCUUUGGCUGACAGACAAUACGCACAUUGUUGAUAUUGGGCCGGUAUCCGAGGAAGAUGAUGACGUCACCACAAGCUUCUUGUUGUACAAAAGUGCUGGAAGUGGAGAUGGUGAUAAUGAGGGGGAGAAGUUGAUUGCACUGUACGAGAAGAAGAAGAAAGUUAAUCACGAACUAUCUUACGGUAUGGUUACUGUGUGUCUGACUGCGCAGCUGCAGCGGGUGAAGGAGGUGCUGACGACGUGGAAGAAAGUGGACGAACGUGUCUCCCAGCUGUGCACCACUUUACUUGCUGAGAAGGUUGCCUUGACUGAAAUCGCCUGCACUACUGGUAAGAUCACGGAUGGGUUGGUUGGAUUUUUGUCCGGCAACUUCUCUGAGAACACAUGGAGGGACGAGUACCUCGGGGUGAACGCCACAGUAAAGGGGAAUGAUGGGGCAACAAAGACUUCCGAUGGUGUGACGUUCCAGGGAGCGUGGGCGGAGUGGCCCGUUGGCAGUCAAGGGGAGAAUCAGCUGUACCACUUUGCGAACUACAACUUCACUCUUGUGGCGACGGUGUCUGUUGACGGUGAGCCGACGGAAUAUACCCCCAUUCCAUUGUUGGGUGCGAAGGUGGCUGGCGUUGAAAAUAAUCCUGUGCUCCUGGGACUGUCGUACAACGGCGGAGGGAAGUGGCAGUUGCUGUGCGGUGACGAAACGAACAAGGAAAUAAGCAGCACAUGGAAGCGAGGGACAAAACACCAAGUGGCCAUUGUGCUACGGAACGGCACCCAUGGCUCCGCGUACGUCGAUGGUGUGCGUGUGGGUGAGGAUGCGCAAUGUGAAUUGGAAAAUACGGAUUCGGAAGGGAUCUCGCACUUCUACAUUGGAGGGGAUGGUGGCAUUGCAGACAACACAGAAAGCCGAGAAGGCGUGUUUGUGACGGUAACGAACGUCUUGCUGUACAACCGCCUGUUGACUUUUUCAGGUGGGAAUGCCGAGGUGGAAGAAGUUACCGAUUCACCAUCAGCGGAGCCUGCUUCUCCAUUUGUGGCAAGGAAUCAAAAUGCGGCGCCUCCUGCAACGAUACCUCCUGAAGCUCCGGUGGAGCAAACGACCUUGCAGCAGCCUCAACAAGGACGUGAAACACAAAAAAAUACGAUGGUGGUGGAAUCUGCCAACACACACCACGCGCCGGCGAAUACAUCGCAGGGAAGUGUAUGGAAGGCGGCGGCUUCGAACUCCCAUGCCGUUGGAGAAGCAACAGUUGAUGGCGGCACCAUGCGUGGGAGCAAACUGCUGCCAUCGCUGCUGCUUCUGUUGGGACUGUGGGGGUUUGCGGCUCUGUGA